GGAAGUAUCUUGUGUUUUGUAAAAUUUUUGUCAGAAUUACACAAAUGUAUAAAUAAGAAAUAAUAUCUAUAACAAUUAAGGUCACAUUAUUCAUAAAAUAACACAAUGUGUGAUACCGACAAUGUUCAUAUUUUGAGUUUCACGGAAAUUAAACAAGCUGCAGAAAGAAUUGAAGAUGGAAUUAUACAUACCCCGCUAUGUGAGGCUAAAAUGAGCAAGUGUAUGGAUUACGAAAUUUAUUUGAAAUGUGAAAACUUACAGUACACUGGAAGUUGUGCAGAACGCGGCAUCAGAAAUCUUUUUGUAUCGCGUCACGCUGAAGUUACUACUUGUGGAGUUAUCGUACCUUCUAUUGGAAAUUUAGCUAUCGCCGCCGCAUACCACGGUGAAGCUUUAGGAAUUCAGGUAACGGUGGUACUUCCCGAUCGUACGCCGCCCGGGCUGGCGCAGCGAUGCUCCGAGCUAAACGCGGAUGUGGUCAUUUGUGGCGAAACUCUCGAGGAUGCCACCAACUACGCAAAGAAAGUGCACAUGGAGACAGGACAAUUACUGAUUAGCCCAGACGAUCCGGCGGUGAUGGCGGGCCUGGGCACAGUGGGCAUGGAGGUCAUCACGCAGCUGCCAGAGGCGGACGCGGUCAUCGUGCCCGUCGGCAGUGGCGGCCUACUCGCUUCUGUGCUCGUCGCCUGCAGCAAGCUCAAGUGCUCCUGUCUUGUUUAUGGUGCAGAGUGCGCGAAGGUACCCAAGAUGUUAAAGGCAUGCCAGGCGGGCCAUCCUGUUGCUGUGCCGGUCGUCCCCAACCUGGCGGAAGGAUUGAACACCUCAAUCGUCGGCAGGAAUGCAUUCGCCACUGUUAAAGGACGUCUUGAUAGAGUGCUAGAAGUGGAUGAGAUUUACAUCGCUCGUGCAACGAUCACGGUGCUGGAGCGCGAGCGGCUGGUGGCGGAUGGCGCGGGCGCAUGCGCGCUUGCCGCCAUUAUGCAGGGCCUCGUGCCAGAGCUACGCGGGAAGCGCAUAGUCUGCAUAAUAGCCGGAGGUAACAUAGACGCGAGCCGGCUCGCGCGAACGAUACACCGUGGUCUCAGUGCCUGGGGCCGGCUGCUCCGUUUCGCUGUGCCUAUGGGCGACAACAGGACCGGUCUCGAAAACCUCGCCAAAGUUAUAUCGGAUGAGCACGCCGUACUUAAGAGUCUCGUAACUGAACAAAUGUGGGUUCAGAGCGAUGUCGGCACUACGUGGGUUAAUGCUGUAGUUGAAACUGCCAAUGAAGAACACGCAGACAAUUUUAAGGAUCGUAUACGUCAUUUAUAUCCAUCAGCGAGAUUUGCUGUAAUAGAAGUAAACGAUAAAAAAUGUUCUCGUUAA